AUGUCACAAACACCUGACCUCGAGCACAAGAGGAAGCGUUCUGUCAUGGACGCCGGCAGCCAGCACAACUACCCGUCACAGAAGCAGAGCCCCCCUCAGCAAAGUCAUGGCUACAUCAACUUUCUGCCGAGGCAGAACGCUGAGCGACUAGCUCUCAUCCAAGCCGACGGGGAUACUUUCGCCGAUAUCUUGCAUCUCCUCGCCGGUUAUGAGGGCGCGCUUGACCGACAGGAAAGCUUAGCUGCAAAUCUCGGCGCAAAGCUCACAGGGCCUCGCAUUCUCAAAGGUAUCGAGCGCUUCUUUGACGGCCCAAUAAAGACAAACGCGACGCAGCCGUUUUCCAAUCCCAUCGGCUGGAUCGAUGUCGUACUGCAUGCCAAAGCACACCCGAACGAAUUUGUCUUUGCAACUCUUCCUAAUGGGACCCGAUGCUGCCAAUUUCACUACAAAGGAUUGCAAUGCGAGAUCACGGAGGAUGACUGGCGUCUGAUAUCUUCCGGCGCUCUCGAUCGCUUCCCGCUUGAACACCCCUUUGAGGAGGAUGAGACGGCGGAGCUUGCCACACUGGAUAUUCUCGAGUCCAGGGCCUCCAUUUUGUACAAAAGAGCUGAUGAAGUCGCGGCCAGGGCGCGCAUACUGCAUCAUCGCAUAGGGCAACGAAAACAUGACCUCUCUAGGAGACGUAAUGCUACAAACGGGCAGCGGUAUCCCUCCACCGGCGGUAUCCCACCUGCACGGCUUACAGCCUCCGGGGCGCCCCAUGACCUGCACGCCGAUCUGCUGCAGCAGUUUCUCGCAGCAUCAGCCCCGCCGUCUCGGCCGCAGUCCGUGAAUGCUCUGUCACCAAUCGGAAUACUUCCAAUUUCCCCUCCCGUUGUAUCACCACACCCUACCCAGCACCGACUGUCUAUAGCAUCAGGGCGUUCUGCCAGCAGCAGUCACCCGACCGAGGGUUCUGCCAUGACGGAAAUGGACCACCGCGCUGAGUUCAUGCGCUCCCUCGUCACACAAAAGUCCGACAAGCUGAAGCGCGGGGACAUUAUCAACCCUGCCUGCGAUCGUUGUCGCCGCCUACGCCUACAUUGCAUCAAGCACCUGACCGCCUGCCAAGGGUGCACAAAGAAGCACGCGAAAUGCACAUGGCGGACCGCGACGGACGAGGAGGUAGAAAUGCUAAAGCGUGAGCUGGGUAUUGUUGCUGAGCGUGAAUCGCAAGUUGCCUCGGAGGGCAUCUCUCCACACGAGGAGCUUCCGGCGCCUUUGCGUCCCAGCAGCCGUGCAGAGACCGAAGUCAGUGCCUCUAUCCACUCUGCUGCCUACAGCCCUGGUGCCCUCUCCUCUGCACGGUCAGAUCUUAGCGCGGAGGCUGGAAGGAUGAGCCUGCCGCCCGUGUUGUCUGGCCUAGCCGGCCCUCCGCCGCUGCCGCGAGGACGGGAUCCGUCGCGACUGAACCAGGUGGCGUCCUUGCUAGCAGAUUCCAGCUACAUGCGGCCGCCCUUCAACCCACAGCAGCCUCCUCCGUAUCCUUCGUCUCAGCUUCCCCCAUCCCGCUGA